AUGGAAUCUAAGAAGCCUUCAUCAGAGCUUUAUAAUUAUAUGAGCUUUGAAGAAGAUGAUUUUUUGGAUGAUAAGUAUAUGGACCCUGCUUAUAGCAAUAUUUUAACAUUAUAUCAAAUUGAUCCUCAGCGCGCAAGGAAAUUAGCAGAAAAACUCAGUACUCAAGAAAAGCAGAGAUUCGAACAACACCAAGCAGAGUAUGAUCGCAAAAUUGCAAGAAGAUUUGAAAAACAAAAGUUUCAAACAACAGUAGUUGAUAUAGGUGGCAUUAAAAGGAAAGUUGUUGUCAAAGAUCCACUGCUAGAUAGCUUACCUCAAGGGAAAAUUCCAUCAUUGCCACCAGUUCCUGAAGGAAUCUUCCCAGAGAAGCAAGAGAACGAUGACGAUGGCAUUAAAACAGAAGAAUUGGCCAUGGAUAUGCAGAGAGUAACACUUAACCCAGGAAGUAAACGCGAAAUGGGUGAAAAAUUCGGAAUUGUUGUAGAUGUACCGAAAAAUAUUGAACCAACACAAUUCGUUGCAACUGUUAUUAACCCACAGAGGCAUUCGAAUCAAAAUACUCCAGAUCGAAACGCAAAUUUAAGUCAAUUUCAAAAUAAUCAUUUCCCUUAUCCAUAUCCUUAUCCAUACCCAUAUCCUUACCCUUAUGCCUAUCCAUAUGCUUAUCCUUAUCAAAUUCCACCGCAAAUUGAUCCAAAAUUUGCCCAAAUUUCUCCAAAUUCUGCACCAAUGCGACCGAAUUACGAAGCAUUCCGGCCACAUCCAUCAGAAGAAGAUCGUCCGGAACCUUUUGCCAAACAAAUUCUUCAAGAGCAAAGUGGAAUUUCGAUUUCCACUCCAAAGAAGGUUUUUCAACCCCAGCAGACAUAUACUCCACAACAAAGACUAUUGAACUCAAGUGGAAUAUCAAUUGUCCCUCCAAACCACGCUCCAGUUGCUUCGAUGCAAACACAAGGUCUGGAAUUCCAAACAAAGUCCCCGCAAUCGCAUCUUCCGUCUGCAAUUAAAACAUCGAAAGGAGUUUUAACAAUCGGAAGACAAAGCGACAACGAACCAGUCUCUGAAGACAUGAUCGCUGUUUCUCAGAAACUAAAGGAGCUGUCAAUAGGAACUGUUGAACAGCCUCCAAUACUCGUUCUUAAGCGCGGACAAAAAUCAACAGGACUUCAAAUUUAA